AGGAAAUAAAUAAACGUCCCCUGCAUCUAGCAUCCCUGGCCGGGCAUCGUGCCAGCGGGAUGCAGGCUGGUGCAGGAUGAGGAUGGAGGGCGGGGGGAUGUACACAGAUGCCAUGUGCCUUUACAUAACCGCAACUGGCUUUGGAUACAAUUGGAUGAGAAAUCGGUGGCCAGGGACAGCAGCAGCAGCAGCAGCGUCCGUCCUGCUGUGUGCCGCAGUGCCCCGAGCCCAGCGGGGAGUAACGUGGCCGGGCACUGAGGCGGGGGGAGUGUGAGUGUUGCUGCAGAAAAAUGAUAGCGAAGCGUCACCAGGAGCGUGUGUGACCUGCAAGGAGCGUGAGUGUGUUUGUUUAUCAGCUCUACAUGUCGCUGUCCGGCAGUCGGUGUUAAUGUGUGUAUGUGUCCGUGUAUGAGUGAGCGUAUGUGAGAGAUAGCGGGAAUGGGGGGAGAGGGAGGAGCUGCUUGGACAUGAGUAAAUGACGUCAGCUCCCAGGUCGCCGAGCACAGAAACAAACAUGGCGACAGAAUGGAGUGGACAGCAGGGUUACAUUCUCACCGUGGUUAUCUGUCUGUGGAGCGGUCGGACAGAGUUGGUGGCAGCCGCUGGGCCCGGUGUCAGCGGUGGAAGGGGAGGCGGCGGCGGAGGCGGUGGGAGUCAGGUGCUCGGCAUGAGGCUGGAGAGGAGCAACAAGCCGGCCAGCACCACUGACGAGGGUGUCAUCCAGGUGACCGAGGAGAGCUCCGUGCAGCUCCGGUUUUACGGGGUCCAGCUUCACUCGGGCGCCUGGUCUGAGAUCCAGUUCACAGAGGUCAAGAAGGAGGAGGAGGAGGAGAAGGGGACGGUGGUGGCGGCGGCCCGGGGCGGCAGCGGCAUGAUGGACGCGCUCGAUAAAACUUGUGCGGAUUUCACGCAGGACAUCACCGUCGGGAACUUCAUAAACGUGAGCAGCCGGGGCACGUCGGGACUGCUCAACGUGCACAUUAAGCCGCUGCGCAAAAGCGACCAGAAGAAAGAAUACGCUCUGUGCACGUUGAGCACGGACGGCAGGUGGGUGCAGCUGGGGGACAGCGAUGGCCGGAUGCUGGUGGUGGAGGAGAAGAAGUCGCUGCUACCCAUGUGGCUGCAGGUCAUCAUGAUCUCGUGCCUGCUGGUCCUCUCGGGCAUGUUCAGCGGGUUGAACCUGGGGCUCAUGGCGCUGGACCCCAUGGAGCUGCGGAUCGUUCAGAGCUGCGGCACCGACAAGGAGAAGAAAUAUGCGAGGAAAAUCGAACCGAUCCGCAGCAAAGGCAACUAUCUCCUAUGCUCGCUUCUCCUGGGUAACGUUUUGGUGAACACCACCCUCACCAUCCUCCUCGAUGACCUCAUCGGGUCAGGUCUGGGCGCCGUGGUCGCCUCAACAAUUGGCAUUGUCAUAUUUGGGGAGAUCGUCCCCCAGGCGCUGUGCUCGCGUCACGGGUUGGCUGUGGGAGCAAACACGAUCCUGGUCACAAAGUUCUUCAUGUUCCUUACCUUUCCUCUGUCCUUUCCCGUCAGCAAGCUGUUGGAUUUCCUGCUGGGACAGGAGAUCGGCACUGUGUACAACAGAGAGAAGUUGGUGGAGAUGCUUAAAGUGACAGAGCCUUAUAAUGACCUGGUCAAAGAGGAGCUUAACAUGAUCCAGGGAGCCCUGGAGCUCAGGACCAAAACUGUGGAGGAUGUGAUGACUCCCAUAGCCAACUGCUUUAUGAUCCAGGCAGAUGCUGUGCUGGACUUCAACACUAUGUCAGAGAUCAUGGAGAGCGGAUACACGCGCAUACCCGUGUAUGAUGAGGAGCGGUCCAACAUCGUGGACAUCCUGUAUGUGAAGGACUUGGCCUUCGUGGACCCGGACGACUGCACAAACCUAAAGACCAUCACCAAGUUCUAUAACCACCCUGUGCACUUUGUGUUUCAUGACACAAAGCUGGAUGCCAUGCUGGAGGAGUUCAAGAAAGGUAAAUCUCAUUUGGCCAUCGUCCAGAAGGUGAACAAUGAGGGGGAGGGAGAUCCUUUCUAUGAGGUGCUGGGAUUAGUCACCUUAGAGGAUGUUAUCGAGGAGAUCAUCAAGUCAGAGAUCCUGGAUGAAUCUGACCUCUACACUGACAACAGGAACAGGAAGAAGGUGGAUCCCAACAAAAGCAAACGCGACUUCUCAGCGUUCAAGCAAGAAGGGGACAGUAAGGUGAAGAUCUCUCCUCAGCUCCUACUGGCAGCUCAUCGUUUCCUGGCCACAGAGGUGAGCCUGUUCAGCCCAUUCCAGAUCACAGAGAAAGUCCUACUGAGGAUCCUCAAACAUCCGGAUGUCAUCCAGGAACUAAAGUUUAAUGAAAAUGAUAAACGAUCGCCACAGCACUUCCUCUAUCAGAGAGGCAAACCUGUCGACUACUUUGUUCUCAUUCUGCAGGGACGGGUGGAGGUUGAAGCCGGAAAUGAGAACAUGAAGUUUGAAACUGGCCCGUUCUCCUACUAUGGAGUCAUGGCUCUAAGCACACCAACAAUGGCUGUCACCCCUCCUCUUUCCCCGUCAGUGGCCUCCCCCCCUCCACGACGCCUCUCUCUUAAGAGAUUUUCUCUGUUCUCUCGUUUCCCAGAGUUCCGUUCUCCGUCACAUGGGGGCAACCUCAACCGCUCGGCAUCUCUGAGCUGCACCGAACGGGCUCCAGAGAGUGGCUCCGUCUGUGGAAGCAACACUCAGAUCCCAGGCACACCCUUCCAGUACAUACCAGAUUUCUGUGUUCGAGCGCUUUCAGAUCUUCAGUUUGUCAAGAUCACUCGUCCUCAGUACCAGAAUGGUCUGCUGGCAUCGAGGCUGGACAGCACACCACAGUCUCCAGAGGGCAGUCACACACGCCUGGACACGUCGGUUUCUUUGCCCCCUGUGACGCCACCAGGGCCACACACCCCACUGCCGCUGGCCACACCUCCUGUGAAGCGCCCUGCAUCCAAUUCUCAGCCUACACCUCUGAGUGACCGUACCACACUGCCCCAAACCACCUCUUCUUCCUCCAGCAGAAGGCCAAGCCAUUCUUUGCCCCAGGCCACUCCUUCUCCAAGCAACCACGCCCCUAUCUCCCAAACUCCUCCUUCCUCCAUGAGCACCGUCCUGUGUGCCCAAAACCCCAAUCUAACUCUGAGCUCCACCCUUUCCUCCAAGUCUCCGCUAUCUCCGCCCUCUGUCAGCCCAGAGAACGGGCCAGGAGAGACUACUUCUCUGCUCAGUGAGCAGCAGAACUGCAUGGGCCCCCACCGGCCCAGCCACCCUCACCCACAUGUUCACACAAUCAGUCACGCACAUACUGAAAGCACCAUUUAACUCAAAUCCCUCUGGGAUUACCAAAACUACCUGUGCACUCACUAUCUCACAUUACAUACCACACGGGCACUAAUUCUGGUUCCUGUUUGCUUGCUGUCACCUGACCCUUCCUUUUGACAAGAAGCUGAGGAGAUCAACAGUCUGUGAGACCAAUAGACUUCCUCCUCUGUACCUUCCUGCAUGUUUCCCUACCAACACUGAAAAAAGACCAAGGGGAGAGGAGAGAAAAAGGAACCCUAAUGAGUAUGGUAUUGUAUUCUUUACAUGUUAAAAUAGUAUAACAGAGGAAAAAAGAGCAAACAAAGCAAGACAGAAGGAAAACAAAGCAAUAAUAAUUAUAAAUAAAUUGCAUGUUCAUAAAGGAGUAGGAAGAAGCAUAAGCUUAUUUAAUCCCACUCACUUUCCAAUAUUUAGUAAUUAAUAGUCUACACUUUUUUCUGUUUAUGCCCUGUCCAUCAGAAAUUCUUCAUUACAAUUACUUUACAUGUUAAAUGUAUUUUUUAAAUUAUACAUGUAUAUAUGUAUAAGUAU